GAUCGAUUGCGCUGCCAUCAUCUCGUCACGCCUGCCUUGCGGACCGCCUCCUUCCUGCUAGCUUGACUCGAGCACGCGACAACAGCUCUUUGUCACCAAUAAAUAUCACCACUCGGAGCCAUGGCUGACCCAAUAAUACGGCAGAUUAAGAUCAAAACCGGCGUUCUGAAGCGUCUGGCCAAAGAGGAGGCGUCAUACCGGACAGAGGCAAAGCAGCAGGAAGAGAAGAUUGACCAACUGAAAGAGACCGGAGCCGACGCAUUCCUCAUCAAGCAGCACAUGGCGAGCUUGCAGGAGACCAUCAUGAUGAUCCCGGACACCCGACGGCGCAUGACCAUCGCCCACGGCGACCUGUCACAGUUGCUGGAAGCGGAGGAGGAAUUAUCCGAGUCGGCCGAGUAUCAGGAAGCCAAAAGCCUGUUGGACUCCAUCAAGUUGGAGGCGUGAUUUCUUACCCUGAGCUGGUGUCAAAUGUUCAUUCCUUUUUUUUUUCCCCCUCCCCAUAUGGAGACACCACCACAUUCACCUCGGCUCUUUCUGAUGCCGGCGCUUUUUAAGUGUUUUUUUAAGUGUAACCAAUCAAUACGACUAUUUUAUUUUGUUUUGGUUUUUUGCCAUCAAAUUGUCUUGUUCUCAUGAUGAUGUCAUAGAAAUACACUGCAGACUGACUGGAACACAA